GUUGGGGUCCGCUUCUGCCACCAAGAAAGAAAGAAAACAAGGGGGGGAAACCUGCAACAGAGAGAGAGAGAGAGUUGCCACUUUGGAAAGGGUGGAGGAGUGUCUAGGGUUUCUACUUGUUCGACGCCGAGUUGAUGAGCUAAUGCAGUGGAGCAGUUUUCCGAGACAUUCAGGUUGACUGUCGGAUAAACUUGCUGAUAUGGCUUCUGGGGGAACACUUCCUACUUCUGUGUCUGGUAAACAGAACAAUGCUUCCUUGAUUGCUGACAAACUCCCCGAGGGGAUUAAUGACAUGAAGAUCAAAGAUGACAAGGAAAUGGAAGCAGCUGUGGUCGAUGGAAAUGGAACUGAAACGGGUCAUAUAAUUGUUACAACUAUUGGUGGUAAAAAUGGUCAGCCUAAACAGACCAUAAGUUACAUGGCAGAGCGCAUCGUUGGACAGGGUUCAUUUGGAAUUGUCUUUCAGGCUAAGUGUUUAGAAACAGGGGAAGCUGUUGCAAUCAAGAAAGUUCUGCAGGACAAGAGGUACAAGAACCGCGAGCUGCAGACAAUGCGGCUUCUUGAUCACCCUAACGUCGUGUCUCUCAAGCACUGUUUUUUCUCAACAACUGACAAAGAUGAAUUAUAUCUCAAUUUGGUCCUUGAAUAUGUUCCUGAGACCGUCUACCGUGUCGCGAAACACUACAGCCGGGCAAAUCAGCGGAUGCCCAUGAUAUAUGUUAAACUCUAUACAUAUCAGAUUUGCCGAGCUUUAGCAUAUAUUCAUGGAGGAGUAGGAGUCUGCCAUAGGGACAUAAAACCGCAGAAUCUUUUGGUCAAUCCUCACACACAUCAAGUCAAGCUCUGUGAUUUUGGUAGUGCAAAAGUCCUGGUCAAAGGCGAACCAAACAUCUCAUAUAUUUGCUCUCGUUACUAUCGAGCACCUGAACUUAUAUUUGGAGCGACGGAAUAUACAACUGCCAUUGACAUAUGGUCUGCGGGCUGUGUUCUUGCUGAAUUGCUUCUUGGACAGCCUCUUUUUCCAGGUGAGAGUGGAGUGGACCAGCUGGUCGAGAUUAUUAAGGUUCUUGGAACACCAACCCGAGAAGAAAUCAAAUGUAUGAAUCCUAACUACACUGAGUUCAAAUUCCCGCAGAUAAAGGCUCACCCUUGGCACAAAAUAUUCCAUAAGCGUAUGUCCCCAGAAGCUGCAGACCUUGUCUCAAGACUUCUCCAGUAUUCUCCAAACCUUAGGUGCACCGCUUUGGAGGCUAUAGUCCACCCUUUCUUUGACGAGCUCCGUGAUCCGAAUACACGCCUUCCCAAUGGCCGUCCCUUGCCUCCUCUCUUCAGCUUCAAACCUCAAGAAUUAAAAGGAGCAAGUUUAGAGCUACUGGCGAAGCUAAUACCCGAGCACGAACGAAAACAAUGUUCCUUCCUCGGAUUCUAGCUAUAUAUAUAUAUAUAUAUAUAUAUAUAUAUGUUGUAUUAUGUAUUUUUAAUGAUACAAAAGUUAGAGUUUCAAGUUUUUCAUGAGAAUUCUAGUUUUCAAUAGUGAAAUUAGCAUCUGGGUAUAUGCGAUGUCUUGUUUGUACACAUUGUGCCAACGGCCGAGACCGAUCAAGCUUUUGUCUGAUUAAAAACAUGUUAUGUUUUUUA